AUGGCAUCUUCAGAUCUCCAGGCCAAAAAGAGUAGAAAGCGGAGCGACUAUGGAUAUCGUCAAGUGCAUCAGACCAGAUGGUACUCACUAGAGGUCCAGUACAUACAUUACCUCCACUCAUUCUGGGAUGACAUUCACAUUAACGAGGCUAUGUGGCACAGGUUCGACAACGACAUGUACGCGCACCUCAACAACACCGUCUACACCGCCCUCUUCGACACCAUCGCCAACGCCUACCUAAUCGAACACUGCGGCCGCAACCCCUUCAGCGUGAACAACCCAUCCACCAAGAACCCGAGCCCGAAAUCCAACUUCCCCGGCAAACCCUCCAGCCAAAAACAAGAGCCAGAGGCAUCGACGCUGGACGCAGGCGAUGAUCAAAUCGGGCUGAUUGUCUCGACGCACUGCGACUUUUUCGCCUCGGUGGCGUUUCCAGAUCGGUUGGAGGUUGGGUUGCGGGUGGCCAAGUUGGGGUCGUCGAGUGUGACGUGGGAGAUUGGGGUGUUUCGGGAGGGGGAGGAGGAUGUCAAGAUGGUGGGGACUUAUACGCAUGUGUUUGUGUUGAGGGAGACGAUGCGCGUGGGGAAGGGGGGGAUGGUGAGGCAGGUUCGGGAUGGUUUGGAGAAGCUUCUGAAUGAGCCGGGGGCGAAGUUGUAG